UCAGUGGAGAAGAAUCGGAGAUCUGCAGAAGGUACCAUAUGAGAAGCUGAACAAGUGCUUCCGAGCAGCACAGAAGAACAUUGACCGAGAGACAAGCCACGUCACCAUGGUUGUGGCGGAACUGGAGAAGACUUUGAGCAGCUGCCCUGCUGUAGACUCUGUGGUUAGCCUGCUGGACGGGGUGGUGGAAAAACCGAGUGUCCUUAAAAGAAAGGCAGUGGAGUUGAUCCAGGCAGAGGAUGAGAGUGCCAAGUUGUGUAAGAGGCGGAUUGAACACCUGAAGGAACACAGCAGUGACCAAGCGGCUGCUGUCAACAUGUGGAAGAAGAAACUGAUGGACUGUAUGAUGGUGGAACAUCUACUGCACUGUGGCUACUAUAACACAGCCGUCAAGCUGUCAAGGCAGAGUGGUAUUGAAGGCUGCCUGGCAUACAGCGUUAGGAUCGAGCAGUUCAUAGAGCUGAUCAGACAGAACAAAAGGCUGGAUGCAGUCAGACAUGCAAGAAAACACUUUAGUCAAGUAGAAGGAAGCCGGUUGGAUAAAGUUCAACAAGUGAUGGCGAUGUUGACUUCGGCUGGUUCCCCAAAAUUGACGCAGCGGUGGUCAGAUUGGAGAAAUGCACUGCCUUACAACGCAGGCUCUCUGAAGGAUUCGAUGGAUCGAAAAAUUGAGCACAGCUUGGUGAAGACCUAUACUGCCUUAGGGAUGGGUCUUCAUCCGGCAGUAGCCUUGUCCUCGGUGUCUUGCACGUCCAAAUUGUGGUUGGAAGAGCUGGAAGAAAAUAUAAAAAGGGGAGCAAGCAGGCACCGGCUCCUUGAUAAACUACAAGACAUCAGGCUGGCAGCAGAGUUCUCCACAGAAGCCUCCGACGACCUUAUACAGUGUCUGGCCAGAGGCAUGGUGUCCUCGGUGGUGGCUCGUAGGGCGCUUUGGCUCAGAUCAUGGGGUGCUGAUUCGUCCUCCAAGAAUAGCCUGUGUUCCCUAUCAUUUCAAGGGGAGAUGUUAUUUGGCCAGGAAUUGGAUUCUUAUAUUAAGAAAUCUAUUGAGAGCAAGAAGGCCAUGCUUCCAUUCCAAACAUGUGAAUGGUCUCCAUAG